AAACAAGAUAAGCUGAAAAUCAGCAACAGUUUCUACAACAGACUGUAAAAACAGCAAAAACCGUCCGAGAACAACAGGAACGUAAUGUUGAGCAGCUGUCCUUCAUUGUACCCUAAAUGUGAAUUCACACAAAGUGAAGAUCAUGAACUCCAGACUCUCAUCGUUGAUUCUGCUGCUGCUCAUUCCAGGGCCUGCAACACUGGACCAGCUCUCUGUGACUUGCAGUCAGAAGAGUAUUUGUGCUGCGAAGGGGUCAGAAGUGACACUGAGCUGCUCUUACGUCAACAUCGAAAUCAAAACUGGGUUCUGGUUCAGCAAGAAACAAAGUACAAACUGGAGAAAAAAUAAUGAACCUGAAGAUUUGACUUUAGACUCAGACUACUCAGGACGGGUGAAGCAGACGGUCACAAACUACCAUUCAACACUCACAAUAUCAGACGUGAGAGAGAGAGACUCUGGACAAUAUCAGCUCAUGUUCAUCAUGAAGGAUGGAGUUAAACAUCUCAGCUCAGCAGCCGUUAAUCUAACAGUCACAGUCCUGCAGGUGAGGAUGAAUCCUGUGUUUAGAGACACAUCAGAUAAGAGAGUAAAACUGACCUGUGUCUCUUCCUGCACCUCUGGAGUUUCUUAUAACUGGAUGAAGGACGGACAGGAUUUCAGAUAUACAGAGUCCCGCGAUAUAACUGUGUCAAUCAGCCCAAAUGAUGACAAAUUUUCCUGUUUUAUUAAUGCAGACAGAAAACAUCCAUCCUCGUAUCUGUGUGUUUCUCCGAGCGGCUGCUUGGAUGUGACUUACUCCUCUAGAAGAGUCUGUGCUUUAAUUGGCUCAACAGUAGACAUUUCCUGCUCAUACUCACAUCCUUCUGGUCAUACUGUAAAUAAAACAUUCUGGCAUUACGGUCGGCCUGACGUAAAGGAUCUGCGUGAGGAGCAUCAGCUUGCUGGUCGUGUGGAGUAUGUGGGGAACAAACUGAGAAUCAAAGAGCUCAAGAGCAUCGACUCUGGAGAAUAUCGAUUCAGGUUCAUCACUGACUCAGACCAAUACUCAGGAUCACCUGGAGUCACUCUUACUGUUACAGAUACACAAGUGACAAGGAGCCCGUCCACUGUCUCAGGAGAAGUAAAAGUGAUAUUAAACUGUUUAACUAAAUGCACUCUGAACAACAAACAUACUUACAUCUGGUACAAGAACGGACGACACGUAACAGAUGGAUUCACUAAAGUCAACAAGCUGUACCUGGACUCAGUCAGCGAUGAAGAGCUUCAACAGUAUUCCUGUGCUGUAGGAGAUUCAGUGAACAGCACAGCGUUUAGCCAUUAUACCGUCACUCUGCUGGUGUUUUUACCUCAGUUUCUCACAAUAGCAGCUCUGUGGAUGUGGUAUUUCAUCAAAAUCUCCUUUCAUAACCAAACUGAAAGCAAAAACAAAGAGAUUCAGAUGUUCCAGAUGCCUUCAUCUAUAACUGCUGAUUCAGCUGUCCUUCAUUGUACCCUAAAUGUGAAUUCACACAAAGUGAAGAACAUGAACUCCAGACUCUCAUCGUUGAUUCUGCUGCUGCUCAUUCCAGGGCCUGCAACACUGGACCAGCUCUCUGUGACUUGCAGUCAGAAGAGUAUUUGUGCUGCGAAGGGGUCAGAAGUGACACUGAGCUGCUCUUACGUCAACAUCGAAAUCAAAACUGGGUUCUGGUUCAGCAAGAAACAAAGUACAAACUGGAGAAAAAAUAAUGAACCGGAAGAUUUGACUUUAGACUCAGACUACUCAGGACGGGUGAAGCAGACGGUCACAAACUACCAAUCAACACUCACAAUAUCAGACGUGAGAGAGAGAGACUCUGGACAAUAUCAGCUCAUGUUCAUCAUGAAGGAUGGAGUUAAACAUCUCAGCUCAGCAGCCGUUAAUCUAACAGUCACAGUCCUGCAGGUGAGGAUGAAUCCUGUGUUUAGAGAAAGAGACACGUCAGAUAAGAGAGUAAAACUGAUCUGUGCCUCUUCCUGCACCUCUGGAGUUUCUUAUAACUGGAUGAAGGACGGACAGGAUUUAGAAACAGAGUCCCGCGAUAUAACUGUGUCAAUCAGCACAAAUGAUGACCAAUUUUCCUGUUUUAUUAAUGCAGACAGAAAACAUCCAUCCUCGUAUCUGUGUGUUUCUCCGAGCGGCUGCUGGGAUGUGACUUACUCCUCUAGAAGAGUCUGUGCUUUAGUUGGCUCAACAGUAGACAUAUCCUGCUCAUACUCACAUCCUUCUGGUCAUACUGUAAAUAAAACAUUCUGGCAUUACGGUCGGCCUGACGUAAAGGAUCUGCGUGAGGAGCAUCAGCUUGCUGGUCGUGUGGAGUAUGUGGGGAACAAACUGAGAAUCAAAGAGCUCAAGAGCAUCGACUCUGGAGAAUAUCGAUUCAGGUUCAUCACUAAUUCAGACCAAUACUCAGGAUCACCUGGAGUCACUCUUACUGUUACAGAUACACAAGUGACAAGGAGCCCAUCCACUGUCUCAGGAGAAGUAAAAGUGAUAUUAAACUGUUUAACUAAAUGCACUCUGAACAACAAACAUACUUACAUCUGGUACAAGAACGGACGACAGGUAACAGAUGGAUUCACUAAAGUCAACAAGCUGUACCUGGACUCAGUCAGCGAUGAAGAACUUCAACAGUAUUCCUGUGCUGUGGGAGACCAAGAGGAGAGCACAGCACUAAGAAACACGGCUGUCAUACUGUGUGUUUUUCUGACUCUUGCUCUCAUAGGAAUCCUGUGGUACAGGAGGAGAAUAUGUAACUUGUCUAAAACUCACAUGAUUGAAAAGGGGGAGGAGGGGGUUCAGUGUGACUCAGUGCACAACAACACUGCACCCUCUGACUUCACGCAAAAAGCAGAUGCCGACAAUCAAGACAUUCUUUAUUCCAGCGUUAGUUUUGAAAAAAAACCUGCAUCUUCAGUCCCAUACUUUGGAUCUCCAACAGACGAUACAGAAGCAGAGGCUGUCCACUAUGCCACUGUAAGGUUCAAAUAAAACACUGUUGCCUCUGGUGAGCUAAUCAUGUUAUUGGAUUUGGUAUGUCAAAAUAGCACAAUUGACCAUUGCCUUUGGCAGCUGAUUUCCUACACUGUGGUUUUCUCAUGUAUCUCUCUAUUUGCGUAAUAAAAUAUUUACAGCACAAAUCAAUAUUUGUUGUCCAU